AUGGUUCUUGCAACUCAGAGCCGCAAACGCAAGGCUGCUUCCCGCGAGGAGCCUACACUGCCUCCGCGUGAGGAGCUCGCAAAUGGCAACCUCGAAGGAAUUUUAUCUGAAGGCGACGAUUCCGACGACAGUGAAGAGGUGGAAUUUGAUGGAGAGGAUGAAGAUGAGGAGGAUGACGAAGAUGAAGAGGAGGAGCUAGACAGCGACGAGAUCCCCUCUGAAGACGACGAGCAAGACAUUCGCGACCAACUGCGCAACCUCAAAACUACCGACUCGAAACGAUCUGUCGACGAAGACGACGAGGACCUCAAGCCCAACUACACCGUCACCACAGAUGCAAACGGCAACGAGCGAUACGUCUACCGCGAGAUUGAUCCCGUCUAUGACUCGGACGACUCGGAUGCUGGCGACGCCAAAAACACAAUCGGAGACAUUCCUCUCUCUUUCUACGACUCAUACCCUCACAUCGGUUACGAUAUCAAUGGCAAGAAGAUUAUGCGCCCGGCCAAGGGCGAGGCUCUGGAUGCCCUCCUCGACAGCAUCGAGUUGCCCGAGGGCUGGACUGGUUUGACCGACCCUCAGACUGGCAAGCCCCUGGAGCUUAGCAGAGAUGAGUUGGAGGUUCUCAGGAAGUUGACAAGAAACGAAGCUCCUGGCGAUGGCUACGACCCAUACCCUGACAUGGUCGAGUGGUUCACAAGCAAGACCGAGAUCAUGCCCUUGAGUGCUGCUCCUGAGCCCAAGAGAAGAUUCGUGCCCAGUAAACACGAGGCUAAGCGUGUCAUGAAGAUCGUUAGAGCCAUCAGAGAAGGAAGAAUCAAGCCCUGGAAGGAACCUAGUGAGGAGGAACAAAAGGACGACGACGUGCAGACUUACGAUGUCUGGGCAGACGAGACGCCCAGAGCCGACCACGCCAUGAACAUGCCCGCUCCCAAACUGCCGCCACCAGGAUAUGCCGAGUCUUACCACCCUCCACCGGAGUAUCUCCCCGACGCCAAUGAGAGAAAGACCUGGGAGCAGGCUGACGAGGAGGAUCGCGACAGAGAGUACCUGCCCACUGAUCAUUCCGCUCUCCGUAGAGUCCCUGGUUAUGAGAAGUUCAUCAAGGAGAGAUUCGAGCGCUGUCUGGACUUGUACCUUGCUCCUCGCGUUCGCAGAAGCAAGCUCAACAUCGACCCUGAAUCUCUUCUUCCCAAGCUUCCUUCUCCCGACGAUCUCAGACCUUUCCCUACUGUUUGCGCCACUCUGUACAGAGGCCACCAAGGUCGUGUGCGCUGCGUCUCGGUCAGCCCUACUGGUACCUUGAUUGCCAGUGGUGGUGAUGACGGCACUGUCAGGGUUUGGGAAUUGCUUUCUGGUCGUCAACUCUACAGCGUCAAGCUUUCUUCCGAGGAGGCUGUCAAUGCCGUCAAGUGGAGACCUACUCGUGACACACUCAUCAUUGCUGCAGCUUGCGGUGAAACCGUCUACUUCAUCACACCUUUGUCACUUUGCUCGCCUGAGAUUGAACAAGCCAGCAAGGAUGUUAUUGACGCUGGAUUCGGAUACGCUGCCAAGCCUGCCACUACUAAUGCUGGUGCUGAGAAAAAGAUCCCCUCAUCUGUUUGGGCCAGACCCGAAUCGCAAAAGCUGCAAGAUCAGGGUGUCCUCCUUGCUUGCACCAUGCGUUCCAUCAUCAAGGUUAUCAACUGGCAUCGUCGUGGUGACUACCUCAGCACCGUUUCGCCGGCUGCCACUUCUACUGCAGUAGCCAUUCACACUCUUACCAAGCACCUCACACAACAUCCUUUCCGCCGCUUGAAGGGUAUCGCCCAAACUUGUUCGUUCCAUCCUACCAAGCCUUUGUUCUUUGUUGCCACAAGACAGUCUAUCCGUCUGUACGAUCUCCAACAGCAGAAGCUCGACAAGGAGUUGAAGCCUGGUGCUCGAUGGAUCAGUUCCAUCGAUGUACACCCCGGUGGUGACAACUUGUUGGUUGGUUCUUAUGACAGAAGACUGUUGUGGCACGAUAUGGAUCUUGCCGCUACACCAUACAAGACUCUGAGAUACCACCAGAAGGCCAUCAGAAGUGUGCGCUACCACCCCAACUCUGGCCAAUACCCGCUGUUCGCAGACGCCAGUGACGACGGUAGCUUGCAGAUCUUCCACGGCAAGGUUGUGGGUGACAGCUUGGAGAAUGCGCUGAUUGUGCCUCUCAAGGUGCUCAAGGGACACAAGGUCACGGGAGAACUCGGAGUGUUGGAUGUUGAAUGGCACCCUCGCGAGCCAUGGCUGGUCAGUGCAGGUGCCGAUGGAACCAUCAGGCUAUGGUGUUAG